UAAAAUGCGAUGGACGACAGAGGUAUGUUUUGUAGCGUCCCAGUUGUUGCCGAAUCUUUAUGCGGCGCCUUGUCUCUUGCCCCGACCGGAUGCAACAGCCCAGUAUCUCGGCAAGCCUCCAACGCGAAUCUUGUCACGCAUGACGCAACCCACAUCGAAUCUGUCCACGCAUCAUUGAAAGCUUGCAUCAGGACCAAGGAUUUGCAAUGGGGGAAAGUGAUCCACUCGCAAGGAGCGAUCCUCCUUUCCAGGAAUGUUAAUCUGGCCAAUUCCCUCAUCACCAUGUACUGCAAAUGCGGGAGCCUCGACGACGCUCGCAGCGUUUUCGAUGGGAUGCUACUCCGGGACGUGGUUUCCUGGAACGCUUUGAUGCAAGGGUAUGUGGACGCUGGCCAGGGAGGCAAGGCCUUAGAGAUUUUCUCGCGGAUGAUGGAAGAUAGCGGCUGUGACCCGGAUGCUCGGAGCUUCGUAGCUGCGAUCAAGGCUUGCUCCAGCGAGCUCCAAGAAGGAGAGUCUUCGACAGAUUCGGAUGGGAAAAAGCUCUCGAUCAGGGGGAAAGCUCUCGACAGAGGGCGAUGGAUUCACUCUCAAGCUGCAAAGUUUGGCUGCGAAUCCAACAUGUUUGUUUCGAGCUCGCUCAUCGACUUUUAUGCCAAGUGUGGACGUUUGGUUGACGCGCGCCGGGUUUUUUCCAGAAUGCGAGUUCGCGACGUGGUAACUUGGAAUGCGAUCAUUCUGGGACAUGCCGAGAACGAGGAGCCGGAGCUGGCUUUGGAGUUCUUCUCGAGCAUGCAAAGGGAGGGGAGUGUUCCAAACUCUCGAACUUUCGUCGCGGCGAUCAAGGCUUGUGCUGUUCUUGCCGAGUUUGAGUCGAGCACUAGAGUGGAGAAGUCUGAUGUGAAGGUGGCGAGCUUGGAGAGAGGCAUGGCUCUUCACUCGCAAGCGGAGAGAAGUGGCAGUGUCUCGGACGUGUUUGUGCGGAAUAUUUUGGUGGAUAUGUAUGCAAAGUGUGGAGACGUAGAGGAUUCCCGGCAUGUUUUUGACAGAAGUUCCCAUCGCGACGUUGUAUCCUGGAACGCUUUGAUCCUGGGAUACGCAGACAACGGAGAGGAGCAUCUAGCUUUGGGGCUUUUCUCGAGCAUGCCCAAGCCAAACUCUCGAAGUUAUGUUGCUGCUCUAAAGGCUUGCAGUGCUCUGGCAGCUAAAGAACAAGGCAAGGAGUUUGAUGGAAAAGCUGGCAUCAAAAUCGAUUCUUUGGAGAAAGGCAUGGCUCUCCACGCUGGAGCAGCGAUAUCCGGCUGCGAACUCGAUCACUUUGUAGCAAACACUCUGGUAGACAUGUACGUGAAGUGUGGUAGCACUGAAGAUGGCCGCAGGGUCUUUGAGAAAAUCCCACACCGGAGUGCUGUUUCGUGGAGCGCUUUGAUUCUGGGCUAUGCAAACAACAGACAGGGGAAGCUGGGACUCGAGCUUUUCUUGCAAGAAAUGGAGAAAACUCCGGGUUUGACACCAAACGCUCAAGCUUUCAACUCGGUUUUAAAGGCUUGUGCGAGCGUUGCCAACUUGAGAAGCUCCAAGUUUUUUCACGGAGAGAUUUGCAAGAGUGGAUGCGAAAGUAUCCCUGCGCUGGGGACGAGCCUGGUGGACUCUUAUGGAAAAUGCGGCAGUUCGAGCGAGGCACAGCGAGUGUUUGAUCUUCUCGCGAGGAACGAUGUGGAUGCGGGACGAAGGAAUUCAAGCAAAUGAGGUAACUUUGCUGUGUGUUCUCUCGGCUUGCAGUCGUGCGGGAUUGAGCGACCGAGGGAAGAAAUACUUUGAGGCAAUGGUUCCAAAGUUUGGUGUCACUCCGAGCAUAGAACACUUCCACUGCAUGGUGGACAUGCUGGGACGAGCAAACUCGCUGGAGGAGGCGGUGUCCAUGGUAAGCUCGAUGCCAUUUCGAGCGAGCUCGGUGUCAUGGAUGACAGUGCUAGAUGGUUGCAGGAAGUGGAAGAAUGUGGAGGUGGGAAAGCUCGCGUUUGAAUCGCUGCUGGAGCUGGACAAGCGAGAUUGCGGUGCGUACGUUGUCAUGGCAAACAUCUAUGAGAGUGUGGGGAUGUUUGAGCAGGCAAAAAGCAGCAGAGAGAAAAGAGAAUGAUCGAGUGGAUCGGUACCGAAGAACAGCAGAGGAUGAAACACUCGCAGGUAGAUGUCUUUCUCUUCACGAGCAAUCUACGUUGCAUUGAGCAGCCGCGAGAGCGAAGAGCACCGCGUUCAGCUGGGAAUUAUUAAACCAAGGUGGAAGAAUUCACUCGUGAGAAAGCUCCGGGAUACAGAUCCAGGUUUUAGCGUUUGGAUCGACAAAAGAGUGAACAUAAACAACAACUUGACGAAGAAAACACACAGGAACAGGGACACGGACAGGAACAGGAAACUGGAACAUGGAGAAUUCAACACGGGAUGAAAUGGAAAGGCAGGAAAAAAAAAAGGAUUUCUCUUCCUCCAGAUGCAGACAAUGCUUCGCCGUGUCUCGAUCAAUGACCGCUCAAGGCUCUCGAUGCAAUCAAAGUAUACACUACGACACGCUCAGCGCUCCUCUCCGCUCGUAGCAAUCCGACAAAGGCGGCGCUUUUGUUUCACUCGAACACGCAAACGCCUCUUCCGGGACAGUUUUACA